ACUGAACCCCAAUAGGCUAUUUUGGGCUUUUUGCACAUAAUUAUUAAAGAUAGAUUUUCGUGCCAUGCGUAAACCAAGCUGCUGAGAGUCUACCCCAGUCACAAGGGGGAGCUGCUCCAGUAGUUUAGGAUACCCCACCCAGCCCCACAAGGGUUGACGGACCCCCUACCUAUACCUAUACCUGAUGAUUACCUAUACCUGAUGAUUACCUAUACCUGAUGAUUUUCAAUCCACAGCUCAUUUUCUUUAAUAUGUGAUAAGCCUUGCAAAUUGUGAUAAUAUGUAUCAAAUUAGUGGUCCGCAUAACCCAAUAUUUGAAAAUUAUGGAGGUGCAGGCCCAAGUACUUCGAAUCAUCAACAAGAAAUCCAAGAAAGAACAGCGAAGGAAAAACAUGACAAGAAAAGUGUUUUCUCGACUCGAGAUGUUAGAAGGUGCUAAAUCAAUAGGUGCCGGAGCUGCUACAAUUGCUUUAGCCGGAGCUGCUGUCGGUAUUGGAAACUUCCUCAGUUCUUUGAUUCAUUCCGUGGCGCGAAAUCCAUCAUUGGCUAAACAAUCAUUUGGUUAUGCCAUUUUGGGCUUUGCUCUCACCGAAGCUAUUGCAUUGUUUGCCCCAAUGAUGGCCUUUCUGAUCUCAUUCGUUUUCUGAUCACAUAAAAAGUCAUGAGAUCAAAAAAGAAAUGUGAGAAUGUAGUUACAUAUGUAAAAAAGUCAAUA